AUGUCCACCCCGUCCGCGCCGCCGCCCUGAACUACUACUAUGAUGAAGCGCCUCUCCUCGCGCCCGCUGCGCUUCCUCCGCCGCUGCCUCCGCGUGCGCCCGCUCGGGCGCCCCGAGAUCCGCCGCGACCCGCGCGAGCUGCCGCGCUGCUCCCCAUGCGCCGCCGCGACCCCGUCUCCCUCCCCCCGCCUCUACGCCUGCCUCUCCUGCGCCGCCGUCUUCUGCCCCUCCCACGCCGCCUCGCACGCAUCCGCCUCCGCGGGUCCCGGCCACCAGAUCGCCGUCGACGUCGACCGCGCCGAGCUCUUCUGCGCCGCCUGCGGCGACCAGGUCUACGAUCCCGACUUCGACCACGCCGUCUUCCUCGCCCAAUCCUCCUCGCUCCUCCCCUCCACCUCCUCGACCUCCGCCGCCCCGGCGCCCCGCAAGCGCCGCCGCGUCGAUUACCGCGCAUGGGCGCCAGAUCCGGCCGAAUUCGCGCUCAUGAGCUCCGCGGACCCCACCUCCUCCGCGUCCGCCGCGGCGCCCGCGGGGCUGCGCGGGCUCAACAACCUCGGCAACACCUGCUUCAUGAACUCCGUGCUCCAGGCGCUCCUCCACGCGCCCCCGCUCCGGAACUACUUCCUCGGCGAUCGGCACAACCGGUUCCUCUGCCCGCGCCGCACGCCCGUCAGACACCGUGCCGCGGAGGCCGACGCCGCCAAGGUCGCGUGCCUCGCCUGCGAUCUCGACGAGAUCUACUCCGCGGCAUUCUCCGGGGAGCGCAUGCCAUACAGCCCCGCCAAGUUUCUAUAUAGUUGGUGGCAGCAUGCAUCAAACCUCGCAAGCUACGAGCAACAGGAUGCACAUGAAUUUUUUAUCUCCAUCCUUGACCAUAUCCAUGAAAAUAUAAAGGAUGAUCAGCACAAGUCACAUGCCCAAGGCCAUGGGGACUGUUGCAUUGCCCACAGAGUGUUUUCUGGGAUCCUGAGGUCAGAUGUCACCUGCACAAGCUGUGGGUUCACAUCCACAACUUUUGAGCCCUGUAUGGACAUUUCCUUGGACUUGGAUGUUGGAGAUAACAGUUCUUUUGGUGUUGCAAACACAAAGCCACAUGCGCGCAACGGGGAACGGAGUUCGGCUGGUGUGAAUUCCAAGGUCUCAACUCUUAUGAGAUGUUUGGAGCGGUUUACAAGGGCUGAGAGACUUGAUGCUGAGCAAAAGUUCUUCUGUGAACGCUGCAAUGAGAGGCAAGAGUCCCUGAAGCAAAUGUCCAUUCGCAGGCUUCCAUUAGUUUCCUGCUUUCACAUAAAGAGAUUUGAGCAUUCGUCAGUCAAAAAGGUGUCAAGGAAAGUUGAUCACUGUUUGCAGUUCCCCUUUUCCCUUGACAUGGCACCUUACCUGUCAUCAUCCAUCCUCAGAAGUAGAUAUGGUAACCGCAUAUUUCCAGCAGAAGCUAGUGACGCAGAUGCAGUUUCAGAACUGUCAUCAGAAUUCGAGAUAUUCGCAGUAAUCACACAUAGUGGUAAACUAGAAGCUGGCCAUUAUGUGACAUAUCUGAGGUUAAACAAUCACUGGUACAAAUGUGAUGAUGCCUGGGUAACGAGAGUCGAGGAGCAUACUGUCAGAACUUCUCAGGCAUACAUGCUCUUCUAUGUGCAGAAGACACUCUACUACAAAGCUUGUGAAAGAGCAGCUGCAGUCUGAUCUGAACUCUGAAGCAAACAUUGAUGGCACUACUCCACAACACCAAGACAAGUUUUCAUUAAAUCAGGUACACAUUUAGUUCGUCAAGAGGAAAAAUGCAUGGUAUUAGUUUAAAAAACAAGGUAUUUUCACAGCGCAGCCAUCGAGACAGAUGGUCAAAGUUUUGCAUUCUCAUUGACCUAUAGUUCCAGUCAGAGGUAAGCUUUUUUGGCGAUUUUCUUUACAGCCAGUUGACCAGAGGGAAGAUGGUCGAAUUUUAUGCGUUGUAUUAUCGUAUUAUCCUGAUUGAUGGAUUCUUGUGGUGGCUGGCUGGCUGCCACAAAACUGUAAGCGCUCAUUAUUUGAUACCAUUGAUGGUGAGGAUGCUCAAACCAGUCAUGUUGGUAUCUAAUAUUGGACUGAACAAGGAGAGGAGUGGAAACUGAAGAAACAGAACAAAAAGGGAACCGGAUUUUUGAUGCGUUCCUUUCAGUAAUUGCAUGCUUGCUCUACUGAAGGUAGAGUUUUCUUGCUGACAUUGAUCGCUCUGUAUUGCCCCUUGCUUUUUACUUGUUGUCGUGGUUAAUGGA